GUUGUAGGAUUUGCAAGGGAGUUUGCUUCUCUGCUAAGCUAUUUUUUCUAAGUUGUGAGUGCACGCAAUUCUUUGAUAUGGGAAAAAUAGUAGGGUGGACCCUUUUAUGGCUUUUGGGGUUUGCACUUGCAGGUGCCUCCAUGUCAUGGGCUGCCAUGGAUGAUGCCUAUGAAAAGCGUGUCCAAUCAGAGUGUGGCUUUACCACAUAUCCAAAGCUCUGUGUCCAGACCCUGUUGGGGUUGGGUCGCUCCAAGGUUGAUAUUCCCUUUGUCCUUGUAAACAAGAUUCUAUCUGAGACCAGGCUGCCCACUUCGAACAUUGCCAAAUUCAGCUACCAGUUGGCAACCCCAGAAGCCCACUCUGCUCAUCUUGUCAGAGAUUCUUGUGACAUGCUUAUGAGCAUGUCUCUGAAGCAGCUAAACCAAUCACUGUUGGCUCUCAAAGAAUCUGCAAGGAAAAACAAGCAUGACAUCCAGACAUGGCUGAGUGCUGCCUUAACUUUUCAGCAGACUUGUAAAGACUUGGCCGUGGAGAUGACUCGCUACUUUGGCACCUCAAUGGUUCAGAUUUCCAGCAAGAUGGAUCAUCUAUCUCAGUUGACCAACAAUGCAUUGGCUGUCAUCAACAGAAUUACCCCCGGGCCAAAGAAAACCACAAGUGGACGUGGUCUCUCUGAGGAACAAGUUUUCCCCAGCUGGGUAUCACCCAGAGAUCGGAAACUUCUCCAAACCACCACCAUAAAAGCAAAUGCCAUAGUUGCACAAGAUGGAACAGGCAACUAUGAGACCAUUUCUGAUGCCAUCCAGGCUGCCACUGGGAAACGUUUUGUGAUCUAUGUCAAGUCAGGAGUUUACAAGGAGAAAAUUCACACCAACAAAGAUGGCAUCACCUUGAUAGGAGACGGCAAAUAUUCCACUAGAAUUGUUGGUGAUGACAGCGUUGGUGGAGGAGCUUCCUUGCUUAGCACCGCUACGUUUACAAUCACAGGUGAUGGAUUCAUCGCAAAGGAUAUAGGAUUUGAAAACGCUGCAGGCCCCAAAGGAGAACAGGCUGUGGCUUUGAUGGUGUCUUCAGAUCAUUCUGUUCUCUACAAGUGCAGCAUUGCAGGCUACCAAGAUACUCUGUACGCUCAGGCACUCCGGCAAUUCUACAGAGAAUGCCACAUUUAUGGAACCAUAGACUUCAUUUUUGGAAAUGCAGCUGCUGUUUUCCAGAACUGCUAUUUGAUUCUGCGUCGCCCACUUGGUGACUCUUUCAAUGUGAUUUUGGCUAAUGGAAGGUCCAGUCCCGGACAGAACACUGGCUUCUCUAUUCAAAAAUGUACGAUCAUACCCAGCUCCGAUUUCUCUGCAGUCAAACAUUCCUACAAAUCCUAUCUGGGGAGACCCUGGAAAGAGUAUUCAAGAGCAGUUGUAAUGGAAUCAAGCAUAGAUGAUGCCAUUGAAGGAAGAGGGUGGAUUGAGUGGCCAGGAUAUGGGAGUUCAGUCCUUAAGUCUCUUUAUUUUGCUGAAUACUCCAACAUAGGCGGUGGGGCUGCAACUUCCAGGAGAGUACAGUGGCCUGGGUUUCAUCUUAUUGGCACUGAAGAGGCCGCUAAGUUCACUGUUGCAAACUUCAUUGCUGGAACAUCUUGGCUGCCCUCCACUGGAGUCAUUUUCAUCUCCGGCCUCCAGUAGUCAUUUCACUGGAUUUGAAUAUUAGCCGGCUUCUUCUGAUCUUUUAUUAAUUAGUCUUAUAUGGAUUUCUUGAGAGAAGAUUAAAAAUAAAAAAGAAAAAGAAAAAGGAAGGUGAAGAUUGCCAUGGAAUCUGCUUAUAUUUAUAUAUGAAUUAAUGUACUUAAUUAGUAUAGUACUACUCCAUAGUUGUAUAUAUAUAGUUUAGAAUCCAUAGCCAUGAAGACAUUUCAUGUUGAGUUUCAUCUUCCUUCCUCCAAUAAAAGAGGCCAGGUCUACUUUUCUUUUUGUCUAA